AUGCAGAUUCGUUACGACAAGCUUAUCAGAGACUAUGACGAAUGCCUCAUCAGGUUGAACGAAAGCAGAGAGGAGAUCCGCAUUCUGCGGACCACCUUUAUUUCACCAGACGACAACCGCAUCUGGCGAAAGGAGCUCGAAGAUCGCAACGCUCGUCUAUUACUAGAUUUAGACAGAGAAGUGAAGAGAAGCGAACAUUGGGAGCGCAAAGCCAUCGAGUUUGGCCGGAGAAUCGACGAUCUCGAGGUUCUGUUGGCAGAGGAACGACUGCGACAUCCCAAGUCGGAUGAAUACGUUAGACAAAUCGCAGAUCUCGUACGCAAAGUCGAGAUCCUUGAGGAUGAGUUGCGCAUCGAGCGCAAUAAUCAUCACAUUCACGAAGGGCGACAGCGCGAGAUCGAGAAGCUCGUCCGCACCAUUGAAGAGCUUGAACGAAAGCUCAAGGGCGAUCAUAUCAAGGUGGAUGAGCUCAUCAAGAAGGUUGAUCUUCUGCAGUCGAUACUCGCUGGCGAGAGAGAGCAAAAGGACAUUCUUCUGGCUGAGCUUGCUAAGCGGGAUGAAUAUGAGAGAUUGAGACGAGAAGAGCGCCGUCGACCUAGAAGAGGGAGCUGGGAGAGAAGAUCCCGCGACUCGCGGCCUUGGGGCAGUGUCUUCUGA